GCGCCCAGCGUGGACUAAUGACGCAAACACGAUGCCAUGAACUGGACUGGACAAACAGCAGCCGCUUCUCAACGCUGGGUCAUCCUGAACUUUCAUAAUCGGUGAAAGUAAUCCUCGUUUGUUUACAAGAAGAGUAUUGAAUUCGUAUUGACCUGUAGCUGGGACACUGUUAAAGCAGCAAUAUUUUUAUGAGACUCGCUCAUACACAAAACCUUUGACGGAUUAGCCUGCUUCCUUACAACAAUGGCUGUUGCAGAGCUCGUCUCCAAAUGCUUGCAGGCACGCGACAUGGCGUACUGUCCAUACAGCCGGUUCCCGGUGGGAGCCGCAAUCCUGACGUCAGGUGGCACUAUUAUCACAGGUUGCAAUGUGGAGAAUGCUUCCUACGGCCUCACAGUAUGUGCAGAGAGGACAGCUAUCCAGAGAGCUGUGGCAGAAGGACACAGAAGUUUCACCGCCAUCGCUGUCACAUGUGACAUUAAAGACAGUUUUGUCGGUCCGUGUGGAGCAUGCCGUCAAGUACUCAUGGAGUUUGGAUCAGAAUGGGACAUUUACCUGACCAAGCCGGAUGGAUCUUACAAAAAGACCAGCCUGAAAGAGCUUUUACCCCUUGCCUUUUCACCAGCUCAUUUAAGAGCAGACAUGAUUGUCAAACUAUGAGAAAUACGUAGACUUUUAAUUAAUUUGUUAUGUACAUAAUUUCAAGUCCUUAGCCUACUAUAGGUUAGAACUUUUCUCAAUGGGGCCACUGUAAAAUAUGGAAGUGCCAUUUCAAGUUGUUUCUUUUUUAUAUACAAAUAUAAUUCUGUACUGUAGCCUACCUGUUCUAGUGUGACACAUGACUUUAUCUGUUACUGAUGUUUGCAGGGUUAAUGUUGGUUGAUGGUUAAGAGUGUGACAAAAUCAAGAGAACAUUUUCACUGGGCUACUUUUACCUUUAACACACAUGUUCAACACACAUCCUCUAAGGUGUAGUUAUAGUUUGGAAUAAUUCUCAUUAUGUGACUAUAGGCAACAUUAUUUGAUUAGGAUAGGCCAAGUUUUUUUUUUGUUCAACAGCCAAGACUUAUGUUGUUUCAUGAAAAAAAAGAAACAUAUUUGUAGGCCUAGGACUAGGCCUAGGCUACCUGAUGCUAUGUAGGCUAUGCUAUAUAUUUGCUGAAAUAAAUUCACAAAUUAAA